CCCCACCUUCUUCCAAACCACACAAAAAACAAGUGGAAGAAGAAACUAGAAAAGAGAAGAAAGAAAAACUAGAUAACUCCAACAGUGAAGAAGUAGGUGCAGUUAUCAAGCAUUGCCAUGGCUAUCAUCUCAUCAACCAAAUUACCAUCAUCAUUCAUCUUAGGAACCCCUUCACUUCACUCUACAAACCACCAAGUUUUGUUUCUUCAAAACCAUAACUUGAACAGAUCAUCACCUCAGAAGAAGAGAGUGUCCUUCACUGUCAAUGCAGUAAAACCUCCUUCUGGUGUUGAAUUUCCAAAAGUACAGCCUCAAUUUAAACCACCAUUUCUUGGGUUUACAAAGACAGCUGAAAUAUGGAAUUCAAGAGCUUGUAUGAUGGGACUCAUUGGAACUUUCAUAGUAGAGCUUAUAAUCCACAAGGGAAUACUUGAGGUGAUUGGACUUGAAGUUGGAAAAGGCCUUGAUAUUCCUCUUUGAUCACAUCAUUUUCAUUGUGCAUGUAACUAUUGACACAUGUAUUCAAUUUUAACUUUUUAAAAUGGUUUCAAGAACAUGUUUUCUGUCAUUUGGCUAUAUAUACUGUGAUUUAAAAUUUUGUCUUAAGAAAUGUCAAUAUAUCUGUAAAUGGAGUGUUCCUUGGUUUAGUACAUGGAAAUCAGCUAAAUGCUUUUGAUUCUGAUA